UUGGCGCGGCCUUUGUUUCUCGCUGCCGCGGAAGCUCCAAUUCUCGUCUGUCUGUUUUGUGUCCUCUGCUGGUAGAAGCCCAGCCUGUGUGGCCCUGCGACCUGCGGGUAUUGGGAGAUCCACAGCUAAGACGCCAGGGCCCCCUGGAAGCCUAGAAAUGGGAGCAUUGACAUUUAGAGAUGUGGCCAUAGAAUUCUCUCUGGAGGAGUGGCAAUGUCUGGACACUGAACAACAGAAUUUAUAUAGAAAUGUAAUGUUAGAUAACUACAGAAACCUGGUCUUCCUGGGUAUUGCUGUCUCAAAGCCAGACCUGAUCACCUGUCUGGAGCAAGAAAAAGAGCCUUGGAAUUUGAAGACACAUGAUAUGGUAGCCAAACCCCCAGUUAUAUGUUCUCAUAUUGCCCAAGACCUUUGGCCAGAGCAAGGCAUAAAAGAUUAUUUCCAAGAAGUCAUACUGAGACAAUAUAAAAAAUGUAGACAUGAGAAUUUACUGUUAAGAAAAGGCUGUAAAAAUGUGGAUGAGUUUAAGAUGCACAAAAAAGGUUAUAAUAGACAUAACCGGUGUUUGACAACUUCCCAUAGCAAAAUAUUUCAGUGUGACAAAUAUGUGAAAGUCUUUCAUAAAUUUUCAAAUUCAAACAGACAUAAGAUAAGACAUACUUCAAAGAAACCUUUCAAAUGUAAAGAAUGUGGAAAAUUAUUUUGCAUUCUUUCACACUUAGCUCAACAUAAAAAAAUUCAUACUGGAGAGAAAUCCUACAAAUGUGAAGAAUGUGGCAAAGCCUUUAAUGAGUCCUCAAACUGUACUACACAUAAAAGAAUUACUGAGAAAAAACCUUACAAAUGUAAAGAAUGUGGCAAAGCCUUUAACUGGUUUUCACAUUUUACUACACAUAAGAGAAUUCAUGCUGGAGAAAAACCCUACCAAUGUGAGAAAUGUGGCAAAUUUUUUAACCAGUCCACAAACCUUACUACACAUAAAAGGAUUCAUACUGGAGAGAAACCCUAUAAAUGUGAAGAAUGUGGCAAAGCCUUUAACCAGUCCUCAAACCUUACUGAACAUAAGAAAAUUCAUACUAAAGAGCAACCAUACAAAUGCGAAAAAUGUGGCAAAGCUUUUAAGUGGUCCUCAACCCUUACAAAACAUAAAAGAAUUCAUAAUGGAGAAAAACCCUACAAAUGUGAAGAAUGUGGCAAAGCUUUUAACCGAUCCUCAACCCUUAAUAGACAUAAGAUAACUCAUACUGGAGAGAAACCCUACAAAUAUAAAGAAUGUGGUAAAGCUUUUAACCAAUCCUCAACUCUUACUAUACAUAAGAUAAUUCAUACUGUAGAGAAAUUUUACAAAUGUGAAGAAUGUGGCAAAGCCUUUAGCCGGAUCUCACACCUUACUACACAUAAGAGAAUUCAUACUGGAGAGAAACCCUACAAAUGUGAAGAAUGUGGCAGAGCUUUCAACCAGUCCUCAACCCUUACUACACAUAAAAGAAUUCAUACUGGAGAGAAACCCUAUGAAUGUGAAGAAUGUGGCAAAGCUUUUAAUCGGUCCUCAACCCUCACUACACAUAAGAUAAUUCAUUCUGGGGAAAAAAUCUACAAAUGUAAAGAAUGUGGUAAAGCCUUUAGGCGGUUCUCACACCUUACUAGGCAUAAGACAAUUCAUACAUAAAAUUGUAAAGACUGUGGCAAAGCUUUUAAACAAUCUUUAUACCUUACUACACAUAAGAUAAUUCAUACUGAAAAGAAACCCUACAAAUGUGAAGAAUGUGGCAAAGCUUUUAACCAGUCCUCAAAUCUUACUAAACAUAAGGUAAUUCAUACUGGAGAAACCUACAAAUAUGAAGAAUGUGGCAAAGUCUUCAACCAAUCUUCACACCUUACUACACAUAAGAUAAUUCAUACUGGAGAGAAACCCUACAAGUGUGAAGAAUGUGACAAAGCCUUUAACAAAUCCUUAAUUCUUAACAGACAGAUUCAUACCAGAGAGAAACUCUACAAACCUGAAAGUUGUAAUGCUUUUGACAACACCUCAAACUUUUCCAGACAUCAAAGAAAUGCUGGUGAGAAAUUCUAGAAAUAUGCAGAAUGUGACAAAGCCAUUAAAUUGUUGUCACAUUUAAUUGUAGGUAAGGUGAUUCAUACUGGAGAAAACUACAAGUGUGAACAAAGUGGCAAAACUUUUAACCAAUGCUCACACUUUAUUGCACAGGACAUUUAUACUUGAGAACAAAUAUACAAAUGUAAAGAAAGUGAAAACCCUAUUAAUAUCUGCUCACAUCAACUCAACAUCAGAGUUCAUACAUAACAAAAUCAUUAAAAGUGCAAUUACUGUCCAAAGAUUUUUUCAGAAAAUAUAAGCCUUUAAACUUCAGAAGAUGAUUUAUUUUGAAGACAAACAUUAAAAUGUAGAGAGUUAUAGUAACUUUACUUUUAUCACAAUCUUAUUCUACUCAUUUUGUACUAGAGGCAAACCCUGAAGCCAUUGCUCAAAUUUUGUUCGACAUCAGACAGAUAAUUUGUAUUAAUGAAAAACUCUCCAAAUAAAAUAGGUUUGGAGAAAACUUUUUUUCAAAAACUACAGCUUAGAAAACUUCAGAGAGUUUAUACUAAAAUAUAUUUUUGCGGAUGCAAUAAAUAGAAAAAAAAAUUUAAUCCAAAAUUAAGUUUAUGUAAGGCCAGUCAGAGUGGCUCACACCUGUAAUCCCAGCACCUUGGGAUGCCAAGGCUUGCAUUUUUGUAAUAAUAAUUGACAUUGAUAAUUUCUUAAUGUAUCUGUUGGUCAUAUGUAUGUAUUUUCUUGAAAAAUAUUUAUGCCUCUUGCUCAUUUGUAACAGUUAUUUGUUGUUUGUUGUGUAGUCAUUUAAGUUUCUUAUGUAUUUUUGAUAUUAACCCCUUGACACAUGUAUGAUUUACAAAUAUUUUGUUCCAGUUUUUAGUUGACUUGUUCAUUGUGUCAGAUUCUGUGCAACAGCAUUUUAAUUUGUAGUAAUCUGACUCAUUUGUUUUUCCUUUUCUUCCCUGGGAUUUUGAGCUUAAAUUUAAAAAGUCACUGCCCAACCAAUGUUAUGGGGCUUUUACUCUGUUUUUUGUAGUAGUUUCCAGUUUUCAGGCCUUACAUUUAAGUGAUUUAGUUUGAGUGGCCAGGCUCGGUGCCUCAGCCUGUAAAGACUGUAAUCCCAGCACUUUGGGAGGCCAAGGCAGGCAGAUUACCUUAGGUCAGGAGCUCGAGACCAGCCUUGCCAACAUGACGAAACCCCGUCUCUGCUAAAAAUACAAAAAUUAACUGGGCAUGGUGGCACCCACCUGUAAUCCCAGCUACUCAGGAGGUUGAGGCAGGAGAAUCACAUGAACCUUGGAGGCAGAGGUUGGAGUGAGCUGAGAAGGUGCCACUGCAGUCCAGCCUGGGUGACAGAGUGAGACUCUGUCUCAAAUAAUAAUAAUAAUAAUUUAUUAUGAGUUGGUUUUUAUAUAUGAUGUGAGAUGAUAGUCUGAUUUUAUUACUCUACCUGUGGCUAUAACAUUUUCUCAACACCAUUUAUUGAAGAUACUGUCCUGUCUCUAAGAAAUAGUCACCUUUAUUUAAAAUCAGUUAGCUGUAAGUAGAUGGAUAUAUUUCUGGUCUUUUUUUUUUUUUUCCUGCUCCAUUGCCCUAUGUGUCUGUUUUUAUUCAAGUACCAUACUGUUUUUGUUACUAUAGCUUUAUAGUAUAUUU